AAUCAUAUAAAUUUCCAUAUUUGCAUCUAGGCUUCGCUAUAGCUUAUGCAAGUUAAUUACAACACUAUACAAUUAUGUCUUAUUGUUUGCCGUUGUUUCUUCUUCUUCUUCUGUUUGUGUUGUGUAGCUCAGGAGCAGAGGUUGUGACUAUUGAUGUACAUGCCGCCAAGAAUCUCAUCCAGACAUAUCACAAUUAUCUUGAUGUUAGGACGGUGGAAGAAUUUUUGAAAGGGCAUGUGGAUGCAGCUAAUAUCUUUAAUGUUCCAUAUAUAUUGGAUACACCAAAGGGUAAGGUGAAGAACCCUAAUUUUCUAAAGGAUGUUUCAUUUGUAUUCAACAAAGAAGAUCAUAUCAUUGUGGGGUGCCAAAUUGGGGAGAGAUCUCAAUCUGCAACUUCUGAUCUACUAGCUGAAGGUUUUAAGAAUGUGAAGGACAUGAGAGGAGGAUAUGUGGAAUGGGUUAGAAACAAGCUUCCAGUGAUACAUAAGUGGCGAAAGAACAACUAUAAUAAGAUCUAGAGAGGUGGCUUGAGUAUGAAAAACACCUAUCAAUAUAGAAAUGUUUAUCUCAAUAUUUGUUUACAUAAAUAAUAUGGGUAAAUUUAAGGAGUUUAGUAAAGACACUUUUAUAGUUUACCUUUUUUCUUAUUUGUAUUUUAUAACUCAAAUCAUUGACUCUCUUAACAUAACAUUGAGUCAUUGAGUAAUAUAGAAUAAAUUUAAAAUAUUAUUCUAUA